UUUGGAAUGAGAUGUUCGAUGGACAGGUGUCCACAUACCUUUGGUCAUGUAGUGUCUAUAGGCCUCUGUACCCUCCGUGGGGGUCCGUGGUUACAGCUAGGGGGAGGCGUUGUACAGUGGUCACACAACCAGGAAGAGCUUGAUAGAAAAAGUCUCGCAGCCUAAGUGAAGUGUCAGUAGCCAGGCACAGAGAACAGCAGGUCUCGACGUCCCUGACAACCCCUAAACUCGUGCCAAUAACUAUUAUUGGAUUCGGAAACGGAGCGGGAAGAGUAAAUGUAUUUGAAUUUUAAAGCUUAUUUUGUGAAUUUGGUUUAUCGUUUGAGCUAGAAUAUUGUCAAUUUGAAACAGCAGAGAAACUCGAGUGGCUUUUGAGGUUUACAGUCCCAACCUACUAGAGACAGUCUUCCCUAUCCUUUGCCAUGGCUUCGACAACCUGUACCAGAUUUACCGACGAGUAUAAUCUCUACGAAGAGCUGGGAAAGGGAGCUUUCUCCAUAGUGAAAAGAUGCAUGAGGAUCUCCAGCGGACAGGAGUAUGCUGCCAAAAUCAUCAACACAAAGAAGCUAUCUGCUCGGGAUCACCAGAAGCUGGAGCGAGAGGCCAGGAUUUGUCGCCUGCUCAAGCACCCCAAUAUCGUGAGGCUCCAUGACAGCAUAUCAGAGGAGGGAUUUCACUACCUGGUCUUUGACUUGGUGACUGGUGGGGAGCUGUUUGAGGACAUCGUAGCCAGAGAGUACUACAGCGAAGCAGACGCCAGUCAUUGCAUUCAGCAGAUCCUAGAGGCCGUGCUCCACUGCCACCAGAUGGGCGUGGUCCACCGCGACCUGAAGCCUGAAAAUCUGCUCCUAGCCAGUAAGCUGAAGGGCGCAGCGGUGAAGUUGGCAGACUUUGGUCUGGCCAUCGAGGUGCAGGGAGACCAGCAGGCAUGGUUCGGUUUUGCAGGAACCCCAGGCUACCUGUCCCCAGAGGUCCUGAGGAAAGACCCCUAUGGGAAACCUGUGGAUAUGUGGGCCUGUGGUGUGAUUCUCUACAUUCUCCUGGUGGGCUACCCUCCCUUCUGGGACGAGGACCAGCACAGACUGUACCAGCAGAUCAAGGCUGGGGCUUACGAUUUUCCGUCCCCUGAGUGGGACACAGUGACCCCCGAGGCCAAAGACCUGAUUAACAAGAUGUUGACCAUCAACCCUGUCAAGAGGGUCACCGCCACAGACGCACUCAAACACCCCUGGAUCUGUCAACGCUCCACGGUGGCAUCCAUGAUGCACAGACAGGAGACGGUGGAGUGCCUGAGGAAGUUCAACGCCAGAAGGAAACUCAAGGGUGCUAUCCUCACCACCAUGCUGGCCACACGCAACUUCUCAGCAGCCAAGAGCCUGCUCAACAAGAAAGCUGACGGCGUCAAGAUCAACAACAACAAGACCAAUGUAGUCACCAGCCCCAAAGAGCCCCCCACUCUGGAGCCUCAAACCACUGUCAUCCACAACCCAACUGAUGGAAACAAAGUAGAGUCCAGUGAGAGUGCAAACACCACCAUGGAGGAUGAGGACGUGAAAGCUCGUAAGCAGGAGAUCAUCAAAGUGACUGAGCAGCUGAUUGAGGCCAUCAACAAUGGAGACUUUGAAGCCUAUACGAAGAUCUGUGAUCCCGGGCUUACAUCCUUUGAGCCAGAGGCUUUGGGAAACCUAUUGGAGGGAACCGACUUCCACAGAUUCUACUUUGAGAACGCUCUGUCCAGGGGAAAGCAAGGGCCCGUCCACACCAUCCUGCUCAACCCCCACGUGCACCUGAUCGGCGACGACGCGGCGUGCAUCGCUUACAUCCGCCUCACCCAGUACAUGGACGCCAGCGGCAUGCCACGCACCAUGCAGUCGGAGGAGACCCGCAUCUGGCACCGCCGCGACGCCAAGUGGCAGAACAUCCACUUCCACCGCUCCGGCUCGCCCACGGUGCCCGCCAAAUAAAUUGACUGGAGUUGAGGAGCCCCUAGCCUACAGCUGUCAGCUGACCUGCGGAAUUUGCCUACUAAGUGUGUGACAUCCUCUCCCAAUCCCAUCCCAACGCUACAACUUCGCCCUCUGAGUGUUGUUUACAUAUCGUCGCUGCUGGACUGAAGAUUCUUCUUGUAAAAUAUAAAAAGGAAACAACAAUCUUGACGAUAUAAUUUUAUAGAGAAAAUGUUGGUGUUUUAUCGCAUUGUUCCAUUCUUCUCAGUCUCAUCGCAGGACAUUUAUGACUGAAACAUAUAUAUUUUUUAUUUUAAUACAAUAAUUUCCUAAUUUUAAACAUGUUUUAAGUUUGAAUGCCAUAGGAAAAUGAAUAGAGUACAUGCCAGAGUUGUUGACGAUAUGUGAAGUUUGCAAAUUUGUGGGUUUAUGAGAUAUAUCUGAGAGAUUUUCAAUCUUAAAUAAUAUACAGUAAUACAGUGUCGUCCGUAAUUAUUAGGACAGUGAAGCAUUUUUUUCUUCUUUUGAAAUCGUGGCUGAAGUUUAGAGUGCAGACUGACAGCUUUAAUUUGACGUUAUGUUCAUCCGUAUCGGCUCAACCGUUUGGAAAUUACAGCACUUUUUGUACACAGUAGUCCUCCCCAUUUUAGGGGACAAAGUAUUGAGACAAAUUCACUUAAAUGUGUAUUAAAGUAGUAAAAACUAUGUGGUUUCAUAUUCAUAGCACGCAAUGACUACAUUAAGUUUGUGACUCACAUUUGUUGGAUGCAUUUUCUGUUUGUUGUGGUUGUUUCAGAUUAUUUUGUGCCCAAUUAGAAAUGAAGAGUAAAUAAUGUAUUGUGUCAUUUUGGAGUCACUUUUAUACGGAUACUCCUGAAUGAAUCGUGAAUAAUGAUGAGUGAGAAAGUUAGACGCACAAAUAUCAUACCAACACAUGCUAACCUCUCACCAUUACAAUAAUAGGGGGGGUUAGUAUUUUGGGGGAGGGUAUGAUAUUGUGUGUCUAACUUCCUUACUCAUAAAUAUUAACGAUUCAUUUGAGAUUAUUCAUAAUCAUAGUAGUCUCCACAUGAGUGCAGAAAAUCCAAAAUGACACAAUACAUUAUUUACCAUUUAAUUUCUAUUGGGCACAAAAUAAUCUGUGUGGGGACACACACACACACACACACACACACACACUACUGUGUACAAAAAGUGCUGUAAUUUAUAAAUGCUUCAGCCAAUUAGGAUGAAAAUACCCUCAAAUUAAAGAUGACUGUCUGCCCUUGAAGGUCACUUCGAUUUCAGAGCCAAAAUGAAGAAAAAAAUGCUUCUGUCCCAGUAAUUACGGAGGGCACUCUAUACGGCUUGGUUUUCCAAUAUUAUCAGGGUCGGGGAUAUGCGGUGAACUGACAAACUCAUGAGUGCAUUCAUAUGAUCUCAGUAUUGCACAUCGGUCCCAAUGACAAAAGUGAUAUCCGUUAAGCUUUACAGGACAGUGACCAACAUAUCGCAGUUUGUCAACCCUUUUUUUUUUAAAUGUCAGGUUUUUUUGUGUAGAAAUGGCUAUAAAAAUCUAUGAGAACAUAAGUGAACGUCAAAACACGAGCGUGCUUCUUGUGGUGAUGUAUAGACUCGUGAUUGAGUGAAUCGCUAUAGCUUCGCUUAAACUCUUGAGUAUUAAACUGUUUAAACAUUAGCUUAGUUUACAAAUCGGUUGACAAUUCAAGUUCACUUGUUCUCAAUUGGCUCAAUAUUAAGUAUGAUUGCUGGGAAUUUCAAUUGACAAUUUAUGUUAAGGGAAAAAUGGUACCUAUGUUUCGUUAUGAUAUGCGUUUGGCUAUACAUCAUCACGUGAGAACUGUGAAGUCUCAAUGAUGGAAUGUAAAACUAUACUGUAGAUAUAAUGUCCACGUAUAUUACUCGAGGCCAUUGUAUGACAUGGAACGGAUGAUAAUGAUAUGGAUGAUAAAUAUGUGAAUUUUAUUGGUUAUUUUUUCUCUUAAUUUUAUAUUGUUGAAUUGAUAGGUUGUCCCUUCUUGGAUUAUUGUUGAUCAUUUCUUCCAGUCCUCGCAUAUCGGUGGAACGAUUGACCCCCCCCCCCCCCCCCCCCCCCCAUGGAAGAAAAUAAAGAGCCUUUUACUUACCCCUUUUACCACUGAUGUGUCCCUGUGUGUUAAUUACUCUCUUUGACAAGUAGCAACACACAUUGUUUUAUACUGAGGAGAAGUGAGACUGUUCUCAAGUAUGGAAUCACAUUGUUCUGUCAGUUUUCCUAGUUGGUAGAGAUUUAUUAAAUGGGUUUGUUUGUUUUGCCAAUGGAUAUGUAAGGGAAUGACUUGUUAAGUUGAACUGCACUAUGGGACACUGUGUAUAUUGUUGCUAUGAGGGAAAUGGACUGAUGUUUAAAUGUUUAAAAAACUAACUAAUAAAAUGUGAUUUCUUCCAAA